ACACAAGUGAUGAGUAAGCGGAGAGGAUGGGUGAAGAAAGUCGUUGCUGCACACAAACAAAAUAGCAGUGAUUUGCUCAAACACAAGGGAGCUUUAUACCAUCUCUGAGGCCAUGUUGGAUUUUUAGCAGGAACUGAAUCAUGGCAUGAGUUUGUGCGGAUUGUAGUGGCGGAAGUCCCAGCACGGAUGUUCUUUGUCUGGAAGAGCCUCAUACAUUCACUUGUUUACUGAUGUUCUACUCUAGCACUUAACUACAGAGGACCAGUACAUCGAAAAGGACAGACAUACCAGGGGUAUAAUCCUGGUCAUCCAUCCGUCCAUCAUACACAUCAUUAAGGUGUAUCUAGUGCCUGAAGUUUAUCCACUCGGGACAGACUGUCAUCAAGGUCUCUAUUGUUAAGGUGUUCCAAAAUCAUGUCUAUUGAAUAGUGACAUGUUAUUGAUUAGUGAAAGAAGAAAAAACAAAAGUCAAUGAACCGUGUGAUUAAGGCUGUAAACAAUAAGGAUGGCGAGGCUAGAUCUUCGUCUUUAAGAUACUUUCUAUAACAUCUACAGUAUUGGAUGUGAUCUAUAGGAUUUCCUAUAAAACCUGCAGUGUUGGAUGUGAUCUGCAGGAUUUCCUAUAAAACCUGCAGUGUUGGAUGUGAUCUACAGUAUUUCCAAUAACAUCUACAGUGUUGGAUGUGAUCUACAGGAUUUCCUAUAACAUCUACAGUGUUGGAUGUGAUCUACAGUAUUUCCUAUAACACCUACAGUAUUGGAUGUGAUCUACAGGGUCACCAUGCCUGUAUACUCUGACCAGAUUGUGAAGCUACAGUGACCACCUCCUGAAUCUGAAUUUUGUGCUAAUGUUAUUUGUAUUGGAUAGCCAGGCAACCACUUCCUCCGGAUAUUGUGAAGUGUGAUCGGAUUGUAAAUAAACAGGGACCGCCCAUAUAUGUGACCUGUAAAUCUGAAGUGGAUAUCUGUAAAAUGGUGGACGGUGGUCAUUGAGAGUUAAUGAUUUAUAAUGAGUAUAAUGAGUUUAGAUAAUGUGACAUAUCACCACUUAUAGUGCCACUAACUGGUGAUAAGUGGGUACAGAAAACCUUUGUAAUUACUGUGUGGAUGUUACAUCUCUGAUUCUUAAGGAAGAAUGCUGGACGGAUCCAUAAAUGUAUUUACAUUGGAUGUAAUAUCAGCCUAAGGAAGUUUUGACUGAAAUUGGAGAGUUCAACUUUCUUCGUUUCUGUUUUUAAUUUGUUAGGAUGUGUAUAACUACCCCUACGGAAAUUAAUAUUUUGGGGAAAUAAAGAUUUGUAUGUGACAUGUUCAGGGCGUGUGUUGAAAUGAAUGUAGAACGGAAGAUUAAGUUGUUACUUCCCCGGGAGUGUAUAGUGAAGGAUUCUGACUGGUGAAUAUGAUGAAGUGCUGUGGCAUGUAUGGGAUCUACAUUACAUGUUGUGUGUACAGUACACGUUAUCAGUGUUGGUGUAAUUCAACUGUAAUGCAAGGAAUUUAAUAUAGCAGCAUUGUUCAACAAAGAAGAACAUUGGGACCAAAAUGAGUGAGAGUGCAACGAAAAUAGUGAUCCUGUCAUCAGACAGUAUCACUAAGACAACGGAUAUGAAAACAAGUCCUGUGAUUAAUGACAAGUCUUCUGGGAAAGGACAGGCCAUAAUGGAGACUCUCACUUCUCAGUCUCCAAUAGAGUUGUCUACCCCUGAUACAUUUUCAUCUCUACCCUUGUUACAGAGUAGCUAUGAUAGGAUCACUGGGUCUCAAGACAAAUCUCUUCAGAGUAUGAUGACUAGGUUUAUAUCCAUGUCCUCAUCUUCCAACCAACCAACAAGUCUUCCAGAUGCUUCACUGAAAACAGAUAUUGCAGGCUCAUCACAAACAGUGUCUCAUUUGCCAAAGGUGGCUAGUCAGACAACACCUUCUCCAACAAAAUACAUUUCAUUAUCAUCCUCUGCCAAAAUCUCCAAAUCUCCUAGUCUAGCAGCAAGUGCCAUGAGACAAAUUCAGGCUGCAUCAUUGCCAUCUUCCAAACUCUCAUCAGAUAUUGUGAUGUCAUCGUUAAAGUCAUCUUCACUUUCAUCGCCCAUAUUCAAGGAUUUGUCAAGCUCAGAUGCUUUCACUGAUAAGCUGUCUGUGUCAAAUCAUCUGACCAGUGUUCAGAAGCGUAGUGCUGAUCAUGAUCUGUCUGUGUCAUUGACUUCAUCGUAUUCUCCAGAGACCUCAAAAAGCCCCAACUCUGCAUCCUGUGACUUCACCAGUUGUACUGACUGACCCCACAUCUUCAAUUGACCCUAUACUCAAAUCCAGUAAUACACUGGACCAAAUAAGCAGUGAUAAAACUGUCAUGAACCCUCAAAAUACAGGGACUGGUCAGUCAUCUGCCCCCAUUACCCCCUCAAAGACCAUGGGUGGUGGGCUGAUUCCCACCCCCACCCCCACCCC